CGAUGGACCCGGGACAUCUGCGACGAAAUCUCCUGCCUUCGUGAAACACACGUUCCUCGAAAUAGCAGCCUUCAAACUACAGCGGUCUUUCCCAAGAGUCAAGACCAGUCGAAAAUGCCUCUUUCUCAUUCUUUUCCUCAUCCCACCCAGUCAUUGAUAUUUAUAUGUUAAAGUAUUCCUUUACCUGAUCUAGAAAGAGAGUAAGCUUUGAGAGAUUGUAUGCAGAGAAAAGAAAGAUAUUUUGUCAUGGCUCCGACUGUGAAGCAGCAAACAUACUUAGAAGUAGCAAAAGCGCAGACGCUCGAUCUGGAGUCAGAGUCCUUUCAGACUAACGAUUUUCUUUCAUUCAGUGAAAAUGAAUCGGAUGAGAUGGAGCAAAAAUUUGUGAAACCCCAUCUUCACAUAACACCUCCUCCACCUGUAACUCUCCCUUUACAUUCGGGCAAAUCUGCUGUCGCCACAACGGGUCUAUCCGAGGGAACCUCCAAGGGGAAGGACAGCAAGAGGAAGUUUGAAAGAGGUGAACGAUAUACAUUUAAGACGAGAUCUGAAUCUGACACCCUGGAAGACGGGUAUAAGUGGCGCAAAUAUGGGAGGAAAAAAGUAAAGAACAGCCCCAAUCCCAGGAAUUACUACAAGUGCGCCGAUAGCCAGUGUUGCGUGAAGAAGAGGGUGGAACGGGAUGCAAAUGACAAAGGAAUUGUAAUAACCACGUAUGAGGGAAAACACAAUCAUCAGAGUCCCUCCAUAGUCUACUAUAUACGAAAGCCCUUUGUUGUUGUCCCACGCCACGCUUCCUUCGAUCAAUCUCCUCCUCUUUUUUACACUUCCACUUAUCAACCAGAAUUUAUGUUCAUGAAUACAACUUAAGUAGCCAGUUUAAUUAUUACAUCAGUGCACAAGUAGUUUCAGGGCGUUUAUUAUUACAUACAAUGUUGAUCGGUCUCCUAUAUAUUUCAGUCUUACUGUUUGUCGAAGUCAGGUAGCUGUUAAAUUAUAUGUACAUAAUUAUAGACAAUAUAUGGUCUAUUCCUCCAUAGGAUGUGUAUGGGCAAUCAAUCUGGAUUUUCUAUGCGAUGCCAGUCCUUGGCGUUCUCAA